UUUUAUUCGAUUAAGUUUAUUGAACGUAAUGACUCGCAGCACAUUUUCGUCCUUCAGGUAUUUGAGGAACGAGCGAAAGAACAUGACAAGCAUAUAUCCACAUAAACUGCAUAUAGUAACACGAGUUAAAAGCACGAUGAAACAACCCUAUUGGGAAAAGAAGGUUGUAAAGAGUUUGGGGCUUAUGAAGGCAUAUGAACCCCGUGUCCACAAGUACACCCCAUCAGUGAACAAUCUACUCAAAAUCAUUAAGCACCUAGUUAGGAUUGAGCCUCUCAAGGUCCCCUAUGGAUUACCUGCUGAGGAAGACAUGGCUAACACUUAUCUGAAUAGCAGAGGGGAGCUGGUGGUGAAACAUCUCCUGAACCCACUUGAGCUGAAAGCUAUUGAGUCGUAAAAGUUUUGUGGCCUACCGUUUAUGUGGUGUUUUUGUUGUUUAAUAAAGAUUUGAAUACCAAUCUUCUUUAUUGUAGCUCAAACAGUAGAGCAUUCCCAGAGAAAGCAAGAACUGCUAAAAUUUAAACAUACUUAGAAUUAAAUGUAAGUUGCUCUGGAUAAAAGUGACAGCCGACUGCAUGAAUGUAAAAUGUGAAUGUUACCAGAUCUUCCUCUUUUACAAAACUGUGCUUUUCAAAUGUCAGUACCUCAUGUGAUGUAAUAUU